AAAUGAGCUUCUUCAAUUGUAUGCCUUCAACUUUGAAAAAAUGCUUUUCUUAUUGUUCAAUCUUUCCGAAAGGUUUUGAUAUUAGAAAAGAUAAUUUAAUUCAGCUAUGGAUGGCCGGAGGAUUUCUUCAACAAAUAUCUUAUGAAAGCCCUAUGACAACAGAGGAUAUUGGAAAUGUGUACUUUAAUGAGUUGGUAUCCAAUUCCUUAUUCCAAGAUGUGAGAAGGGAUGCUUGUGGCAAUGUGGAAUCUUGCAAAAUGCGUGAUAUGGUUCAUAAUCUUGCUCUGGCUGUUUCAAAAGGUGAAACUUUGAUUUGGGAGAAUGGUUCCAAUAUUGAUGAGACUUCUACUAUUCGCAAUUUGAGAAUCAAGUAUGACGGGUUAGCGCAUCCACCCAUUCCUACAGGUAUUUCUCAGAGGUUGCAUUCUUUGUUUUUGGAGGGUGAAUUUACCAUUAACAUGGAGUCAGAUCUGAAGGGCUUGCGAUCUUUAAAAUUAGUCAGAGCUAAAACAGAGGUAUUGCUUGCUUCUCUCAGGAAAUUGAAACAAUUAAAAUACCUUGAAAUAGCAGAAAGUAAAAUUGAAACAUUACCAGGAUCUUUCUCCGAGCUCUACUUGUUGCAGACUUUAAAAGUUAUGCAGUGCAGUCAUCUUCAAAAGCUUCCUGAUGAUACAAGCCAACUGAUUAGCUUGAGGCAUCUUUAUGUCGAUGACAAGAAGCUUUUACCCAAGCAGAUUGGACGCUUAACUUCCCUUCAAACCUUGCCAUCAUUUUUUGUGGGAACAGAUGAGGGUUUUACAAUUGAAGAACUUGGGGACUUAAGCCAACUUAGAGGGAAACUGGAGAUUCAUAAUCUUGAACAUGUGACAUCCAAAUCAGAAGCCAUUAGAGCAAGACUAAAUGAAAAGACAGAAUUAUAUGAUUUGAAAUUUGUUUGGCAGAAUGGGAGAAGAGCUACAAACGUCAAUGAUGAGGAGGUUCUAGAGGGUCUCCAACCUCACUCAAAUUUGAAAAGUUUAAGAAUUAGUAAUUAUAUGGGAAAAAACUUCCCGUCUUGGAUGAAUGGGGUCGAGGACUCUAGUGCUUCAUCUCUGCUGGACAACCUGGUGAGGCUGGAAUUAUCUUCUUGCAGUGAAUGCAUGUGUAUUCCUAGUCUUGGGCUGUUGCCUAGUCUCCAGGUUCUCUACAUUUGUGGAAUGAAUAUGGUAAGAAGCAUUUCACAUGAGUGGCUUGGUGGCCUCACCAACUUGAAGGAGUUGCGAAUGGGUCCCUUUUGGUCGAAUUUGGAGGAAUUCCCUGGGCUCUCUUCCAUCCAUUACCUCUGUGCCUCCCUUGAAUCUUUGAGUUUGGAAGGAUGGGAUAAUCUAAAGUCUUUGCCAGAUGAGUUGCAACAUCUCACUGCCCUCAGGAAAUUGAACAUAUCAAGGUUUGGUAGCCUAGAAGGUCCGCCGAAGUGGUUGGCAGGCCUCCAUUCUCUUAAAGAGCUGAAAAUGGAACUUUGCCAUCAGUUGAAAGUUCAACCUUCUCUUCAAGGCAUUGUCUCUGAAGAAAAAUGGACGGAAGGGCGUCAACUCGGAAGUGAGUCCCCCCCGUGGGUUAUCCCGGAUCCAAGCAUCUCCCUUAGCUCUGCCACUGAGUCCACUGAUAAAGAGGAAAUGCAUUUACCGGGGCCCAUGGCCUCCCCUAGCUCCGCCACUGAGUUCACCGAUCAAGAGAAAGUGCUUUUAUCGGGGCUCAUGCCCUCCCCUAGCUCUGGCACCGAGCAAGAGGAAGUGCAUUUACUGGGUUCCAUGCCCUCCGCUAGCUCUGCCACUGAGUCCAUUGAUCAAGGAAAAGGCACGGAAGGGCGUAUCCCGCUUCAACUCAGAAGUGAGUCCACCCAGCGGCGCAGCCAGAAUUUAAGUUGUUUCUGCAGUGGUAAGAAAUCUGCUAUUGUGAAAAAUACUACAGUAGAAAUCAUUGUGCCGGAAGAUGUUUUUGGCUGCGUUUAUGGCAAAGAUGGGUGCAAUCUGGCUCAUCUUAGACAGAUUUCAGGUGCAAAAGUUGAAGUUCAUAAUCCUCGUCCUGGUGAAAGUGAGGGAACUGUUGUUAUAUCUGGAACACCAGAGCGAACCCAGGCAGCACAAAGUUUGCUUCAAGCUUUCAUCCUUUCCUACCAGUAAUGAGCGAUCCCCACAGAUCAUCACCACCCCUUAUAAUCAUCAUCAAAUCAAGAGACAGCGAAAUUUUAUAGCUCCAUUAAUUAACCUUUCUCUCGGGGGAACUACUCAUCAUGCAUCUCCAUAUCCUUUUUGUGAGGAAAAGAAGAACACAUAAAAGAGAAAGUUAAAGGAAUAAAUUUGAUUAAUCUCAUUCCAUACUAAACUGAUAUUACAGUG